CAGUUUCCAGAUCUAGUCUAGUUUUUCACUUUCUUUCUUGUCAUCUUUCCUUUUCCUGACUCCUCCAGCUCGCCUUCCUUCCCUGCCCUAAACAAAUACAAAUUAUACAUGUAUAUUCAUUCAUUCGUUCUCUUCUCAAAUUAUUUUUAUCCCUUAUAUCUUGGAAUUGAAUGGAAUUGAACUCCUCACUCCUCCUCGAUUAGUUCAUCAAAGCAAGCAAGCGAGCAAGCACUUUGCUCGAGUCCACUGACUGGCAUUUUAAAUUCCCAAAUCCCACCCUCCUUCGCCUGCAUUGCUACUUUCGAGUUUCCCCUUUUCUCCCAUCUCUCCAACGAACCUGAAUUGCCUGUUUCCCCAGGCAGGCAGGCAGGCAGGCAGAGCUUGGCUCUUCCUUUCCAUCUCCCAGCUUCUGCCCAAGAGUUUUCUGCAAUUUCCAGGGGGUGGGGGAGAGGCAGAUCUGCUAUUGGUGAAUACCCUCUUUCUGGUUCGGCGGAUCCUAGGGAGGGAAUUCUAUGGAGUCUGACGGUAAGAGAUCCGCAGUUUCCGAUGUCGGAGCAUGGGCCAUGAACGUCAUCAGCUCCGUCGGCAUCAUCAUGGCCAACAAGCAGCUCAUGUCAGCCGGCGGCUAUGGCUUCGCCUUCGCAACCACCUUGACGGGUUUCCACUUCGCGGUCACGGCGCUGGUAGGCCUGGUCUCCAAUGCCACGGGAUUAUCCGCAUCCAAGCAUGUCCCCAUGUGGGAGCUCCUCUGGUUCUCCAUCGUUGCGAAUAUGUCCAUCACUGGCAUGAAUCUAAGUCUCAUGCUCAACUCUGUCGGCUUUUACCAAAUUUCUAAACUCAGCAUGAUCCCAGUUGUCUGCGUCAUGGAGUGGAUCCUUCACAGCAAGCACUACUCCAAAGAAGUCAAGUUCGCCGUUAUGGUGGUUGUGGUGGGCGUUGGUGUUUGCACAGUGACUGAUGUCAAAGUUAAUGCCAAAGGUUUCCUCAGUGCUUGUGUCGCUGUCCUCUGUACAUCCUUGCAGCAAAUCACCAUAGGUUCCUUUCAGAAGAAGUACUCCAUUGGUUCCUUUGAGCUGCUGAGCCGGACAGCUCCAAUUCAGGCGGUCUCCCUUCUUGUUUUCGGACCUUUUAUCGACUAUUACCUUAAUGGGAAGUUUAUAUUGAACUACCAGAUGACGUCUGGAGCCAUUAUCUUUUUAGUUUUAUCAUGCUCCCUGGCUGUGUUCUGCAACGUGAGCCAGUAUCUCUGCAUUGGAAGAUUCUCUGCAGUUUCGUUUCAGGUCUUAGGCCACAUGAAAACAGUGUGUGUCCUCACAUUGGGGUGGCUGCUCUUUGAAUCUGAGUUGACUUUCAAGAACAUAGCCGGGAUGUUGAUUGCAGUCCUCGGUAUGGUGGUCUAUAGUUGGGCGGUGGAAGCCGAAAAGAGUUCCGGCAGCAAGAUACAGUCCGCCAAGAACAGUCUUACCGAGGAGGAGAUCAUACUUUUGAAGGAAGGGGUGGAAAGCACACUGAUUAAGGACGUUGAACUUGGCGCGUCCAAAGGGUAGCUCGGAUAAUAGGGAAUCGGAUUGAUUAGCAUCUCACUGUGAUCAGCUGAGACUUCCUCACCGAGGAUCUCAGGAGAAAUCACGAUCUAUUUAUUUCAAACGAUUUGUUCUUUUAUCGAGUUGCUUUUGAUCUAGUUUUCAUUUAAAUUAUACAGUUGUAAUUGCCCCGUGCAAAGUGGAUAGACCCUGCUCCUGGAAGCGGGAUAAAGAGGAAUGUGAACGAUAUGUUGUUCAGAAGAGAUCCCUGGUUUUCUCAUUCAUGGUGUUUCAAUGGGUGGGGAUGGUAACCAGUCUGUUCAAUACUUCAAUUCCUUGAACAGCCCGAAUCACAAUCAAGG